AUGGCACGCACGAAGAUGUUGGCAGCAUUACAGAAGAUGAAAGAGCAGGAACAGCGCGAGAAAGAGGAAGAAGAAAGGAGAAGAGAACAAGAGCAAUGGUGGUCAGAGCAAGAUGAAGAGGAAGAAGAUCAGGAUCAGAAUCUGGAAACACCGAUGGAACAAGGAACUACAGCAUAA